AUGAAGAUUUCUAUAGCAGCACUGUUUUCGGUGAUCAGUGCAGAUACAAGACUCUACACAAAAUACCAAGUACCGCCGUACUGCGGAGUUCCCAAGUAUGAACCAAACAAGGAGCUUUUCGCCAAUCUACCAGUACGAAGCCAGCACUCGCUGAUACAGGAGAUGACGCUAAGAUACGAAGAACUCAAAACACAAGCAGAAACUAAAAUCGCCGAAGCUCCAGCAAAUCCGAGUUGGCUGAACAGCGAAAAGUGCGAUCCAGAAGCUGGAAAUUGCGCACCACAGUAUCAGUCCAUGCCAAUCUCCGGCAAACCGUCUUUUGGAAGGCCCAUUCCCGGAGGAUACAGUAAGAUCCGAAGAUUUGGAAGAUCAGCAGAUGAUGAGCACAUGAGCCCAAACACUGUCAACAACUGGAUCGGAAAGCAAGAUUUCGAAGUGAUUGGAGAAUACCUCCAGCGACUCAAUCGUCUCGCUUACCAAAACAACAGCUUCGAUCCAAACGUUCAGCAAGCGAAUAAGAGUCCUUACGUCAACAACAUCGGCACGAGGAUCAUCGGCGGUCAAGCUGCAAAAGAACAUAGUUGGCCUUGGCAAGCGCACUUGAACAUCUGCGGUCAGUGGUACAACGGCAAGAACGUCUGCCAAGUCUGCGGCGCCACACUCGUCUCGCCCAAGCAUCUCGUCACGGCUGCCCACUGCGUGCCCGAAAUCCACACUUCUUCUUCCGUGAUGCUUGGCUCCAACUCGAAAUUCGAGGGAGGCAACAUCGUUCUUCUCAGGUCGAAGAAGCGCGUCAAGUACGUUGCUGUCAGCCAUUUUAUCAGACAUCAUAAUUGGAACAAGCCAGAGCCUUACAACAAUGAUAUCGCCAUUGUCGUAAUGGAAGACGAAGUCGAAUUCACUGAUAAGGUUUCUCCUAUGUGUCUUCCUAAAGAGUCCGUUUGUUUUUCGGAAGGCACUCCUUGCGUGGCAACCGGAUGGGGCCGAAUCGAUUCUCAAACCAACUCCUUCCCCGACAUGCUCCAGGAAGUCGCUGUCAAGAUCAUCGAUCGCGAGCGAUGCAAGCAGUUCCACGGUUACGAUACAGUAACGGAGAAUAUGAUCUGCGCUGGCUAUGAAAACGGAGGGCGAGAUUCGUGCUCUGGUGAUUCUGGUGGACCCCUGAUGAUCGACUGGGUGAAAGAAAAGACCGGCUUGAAGCCUACUUAUUCGAUGGAAGAAUGCUACUCCGAAUCAAUCAGAGAAAAUAAACAAGUCAAUCAAGCAGGAACCGAUCUUAAACGACCAUACGGAGAGUUGAACUGCGACUCGCCAAAUGGCAACGGAGUGUUUCAAACCGACAGCGGAGUCUUCAAAACUGCUAAUUACCCGAAAAACUAUCCGAAAAACCAAGUCUGUUCUUUUUGCGUCAAGCCAGCUCGCUCUGGCGGUUUUGUACAAAUUGACGUCAACGAAAUCCAGUUGGACAGCAAGAAGAGCUGCGAGAAGAGAGGCGACUACUUACUAGUCGAACCAAAGGACAAAGAAGCGUACUACUUGUGUCACGUGAGAAGAUCGAAGGACUAUGUUCAUACGAUCAUCAACUCUGGGCCUAUUUGCUUGAGAUUCGUUUCCAAUGGCGAAGUCGAACGCGCUGGUCUGAACGCAGUUUACAAGCAAAUCGACUCUCCACCAAGUCGUUGCGGCGGUGAUAUGGUUCAAUCUCUCAAUUUGGACAACCCAGAAGUGAGAAUUACCUCCCUCGAUUAUCCGGAAAAAUACCUCGAUAGAUCAAGAUCCAGCUGCGCCUGGUUGAUUAAGGUCCCCGAUCACGUGAAAAAGCAAGGCUACAGAGUUCGACUCGACUUUAGCGUCCUCCAACUCGAGAAAAACAAGUUCAACGAAGUUUUCUGCGACAAAUCGGAUACGAUUACGAUUUAUGCAUCGAACACAUGCGAGCGCGAGUCAAUGGCAUCCGCGAAGAUUCUCUACGAGCUGUGCGGCUUCUACCGGCCCAAGUAUGUGCCGUACCUGGACAUCAACUCGGCCUCGUUUUGCAUAUUUUUCAACAUCAACGGCGACACUUCAAAGAACGGCGCCGGCUUCGACGCCAAGGUCAAGCUCAUCAAGUGA